CCGCACUGAAACUGCUAGUUGGCUAGUCCGCAUUUUUUAGACCCGCGGGAGAGAUGAAUUUCACCUCAAAUUUGUUUCCGAGUUGAAAACCUUUGGGUCUUGACACGUGAAAGGAUAUUAAAGAAGCACAAGAAAAAAUCCUUCUGGUUUUGAAUUAAAAUGGAAAAAUAUGAGAACCUAGGAUUGGUUGGAGAAGGGAGCUAUGGAAUGGUGAUGAAGUGUAGGAAUAAAGAUACUGGAAGAAUUGUAGCCAUUAAGAAGUUCUUAGAAAGUGAUGAUGACAAAAUGGUUAAAAAAAUUGCUAUGCGAGAAAUCAAGUUGCUGAAGCAACUGAGGCAUGAAAAUCUGGUGAAUCUGUUGGAGGUGUGUAAGAAAAAAAAACGAUGGUACCUAGUCUUUGAGUUUGUUGACCAUACCAUUCUUGAUGACUUGGAACUCUUUCCAAAUGGACUAGACUACCAGCUGGUUCAAAAGUAUUUGUUUCAGAUUAUUAAUGGAAUUGGAUUUUGUCAUAGUCACAAUAUCAUACACAGAGAUAUCAAGCCAGAGAAUAUAUUAGUCUCCCAGUCUGGAGUUGUCAAGUUAUGUGAUUUUGGAUUUGCGCGGACAUUGGCAGCUCCUGGGGAGGUUUACACUGAUUAUGUGGCAACCCGAUGGUACAGAGCUCCAGAACUAUUGGUUGGUGAUGUGAAGUAUGGCAAAGCUGUUGACAUAUGGGCCAUUGGUUGUCUGGUAACCGAAAUGCUCAUGGGGGAGCCCCUCUUUCCUGGAGAUUCUGAUAUUGAUCAGCUAUAUCAUAUUAUGACGUGUUUAGGUAACCUCAUUCCAAGGCACCAGGAGCUGUUUUAUAAAAACCCUGCGUUUGCGGGAGUAAGGUUGCCUGAAAUCAAGGAAAUGGAACCUCUUGAAAGACGCUAUCCCAAGCUCCCUGAAGUUGUGAUCGAUUUAGCAAAGAAAUGCUUACAUAUUGAUCCAGACAAAAGGCCCUUCUGUGCUGAGCUCCUGCACCACAAUUUCUUUUGUAUGGAUGGAUUUGCUGAACGGUUCUCUCAGGAACUACAGUUAAAAAUACAGAAAGAUGCCAGAAAUAUUUCUUUAUCUAAAAAAUCCCAAAACAGAAAGAAGGAGAAGGAAAAAGAUGACGUUUUAGGUGAGGAGAGAAACACACUUGUGGUACAGGAUUCCAAUGCUGAUCCCAAAAUUAAGGAUUCUAGAGUAUUAAAGAUAAAAGGGUCAAAAAUUGAUGGAGAAAAAGUUGAAAAAACCAGUCGAGCUUCAAAUGUCAGCUGUCUCCAUGACAACGGGACUAGCCACAUCAAAACAGUGCCUUCAACAAGCCUCAGAGAUUGCAGCAAUGGCAGUGUGGACCACACACGGAAUCCAGGCAUGGCUAUUCCUCCACUUACACACAAUCUUUCUGCAGUAGCUCCUGGUAUUAAUUCUGGAAUGGGGACUAUCCCAGGAGUUCAGAGUUACAGAGUGGAUGAGAAGACCAAGAAGUAUUGUAUUCCAUUUGUUAAACCGAACCAACAGACUCCAUCAGGCAUUUAUAAUAUUAACAUGACCAAACCAAUCACUAGUGAAAAGAGCCUCCUUCAGGCAAAUAAGAAAAGAAGAGAAUACGCAAAGACAGAUGUGCAUUUGCCUGAAUUAAACUACAAUCAUCUCCCUGAACUGAGAGCCCUGGAAGGCAUAGCUCGAAAUUCCAGGCUAAUGAGGAAAGAGAACAAAAACCUUUCAGAAUCUCAAAUUCCUUCUCUGGCCGCUAUUGACUUGCAUGCCUCCAGUGUUACACUGCAUCAGUUUCCAUGGGCCAGGAGCCCGGGCCAAGCUGCUUCUCUCCUUCAGAGUCUCACAGGCCAACAUCAAGAUGUCAGCAGGGCUGCAUUUCUUUCUGGAGGCUCUAGGGGAGAAUCCGUUUCCAGGCUCGUUCAGGACUAUAAGGAUGUUAUUCCUCUUUUCUGAUUUCUGUGAUUUCUUGGGGGAAAUUCUCAGGUACCAGGAUCUCCCCUGACAGAGGACUCGGAGGCUGACUUACCUUGGAUGGAACACCAGCACUGAAUGUCAGUUUGGUUCUGAACGGGGUAGGUCUGCUUUCCCAUAUUUAAAGCUCUGUAGCCUUUUCUGGGAAAUAUUUUGUAUAUUUUUAAAUACAAUGUGAGAAAACAAGUGGGAUAGACCUCUAGAAAGAUUUUAUGUAAAAUAUUUGGUGGCAUGUAUUCCCCCUGUGCUUUUAGAUGCUGCUCUAGCGCUUGAGAUGACAUCCUCUUGGAACAAAAGUGCUGAUAUCCCAGGAGGAGAUGUACAUGGUUUUGAUCAUUUACUUCUGAACUGCCUGCAUUUUCUGAGAAAUGUUUUGCAGAAGGAAAGACAAUGACUUCCAGGUGUUUCAAAAGAAGAUUGGGCAAGUGUCCUCCCCAACUGUCACCCAUCAUCUUUGAAGUCCACUGAUGCUAUUUCAAGAUAAUCCAAUGAAAGAAUAGUGAUAUGGUUCUCGUUACAUGAGUGUAUAUUUACUAUUAGUAGGUUGUGUAUUUAAAGGUACCCAAGAUUAACAGUAAGUAAAAAAGGGGGGAAAGAUUAUAAAAGUUUAUGUUACUUAUGCAUCGAACUUUGUGUGUUACUGCAUUGAUGUGUACAUUUAUUUAGGAAUGUGUUUGUGAAUGUGGGAGCUAAAAACUAGGAUCAGUUGAAGAAAAUGAAAAAACUAGGAUCAGUAAAAAAAAAAA